AUGGCGCAGCCUCCGCCACCCUUCGCCGGCCGCUUCCCGCCGCCGCCACCACCGUUUCGGACUUUCCCGCCGCAGGCCGGCCCCUUUCCGCCGCCCGCCGCGCCUUUCCCUGGUCCUGCCGCCCGCCCAGGACCCUUCGGCGUAGCGGCGCCAGCACCUCCACCCUUCUUGCUGCCGCCGGCUGGAGCUGAUGUCGACGCGGGGCCGCGCUUCCCCCCGGGCAGCCCUUACUUCCAGGCGGCUCCGCCGUUCCCGCCGCGGCCGCUGUCUGAGGAGGAGGCGGUGGCGGCGCAGCGGCAGCAGGACGAGCUGUGGCUGUCGCAGUUCCUAGGCCGGCGUCGGGCCGCUCCACCUCCGCCGCCCCCUCCCGUCGCCGGCAGCCCCAGCAGCGCCCGGCAGCUGGCGGUCGAAGCGCUGGGGCGGGUGGCGCGGCUGGCUGCCCUCUGCCGCACCCUGCGGCAGCGGGAGGCCGAAGGAGACGAAUCCGGCUGGGCCCAGGCGCGGGAGGAGGCGGAGGUGGUUCGGCUGGAGCUGCAGGAGGUAGUGCGACCCCUGAGGGAGCCCGGCUACCGGGAGACCCUGCGGAGGAAGACUGAGAGGGCGAGAAAGAGGAGGCUGCGCCUGCAGCGGAGGAAGCAAGAAGCCAAGGCAGCCAAGGAGGAGGAGGCCGCCCGGGCUGCCGAGCGGGAGGCCAAGAUCGACCAAUGGAGGGCCAAGUGCAUCCAGGAGGUGGAAGAGAAGAACCGGGAACAAGAACUCAAGGCUGCUGCAGACAGUGUCUUAUCGGAAGUACGGAAGAAACAAGCAGACACAAAGAGGAUGGUGGACAUCCUGCACGCCUUAGAAAAGCUUCGGAAGCUGAGGAAAGAGGCUGCUGCCAGGAAAGGUGUUUGUCCACCCCCCUCAGCAGAUGAAGCCUUUGAAACUCAAGUGGAGAGUCUCAAAACAUUGCUCAAAAAGCGCACAGAGCUGUAUGAAGCUGAGGAGAGAGCACUACGAGUUAUGUUGGAGGGAGAGCAGGAGGAGGAAAGGAAGAGAGAAAUGGAAAAGAAACAGAAGAAGGAAAGGGAAAAACUACUACAGCAGAAACUUAAAAUUGAUUCUAAGCUAUUUGGAGAUCCAGCUGAAUUUCCUCUAGCCCACCUACUGCAGCCCUUCAGAGACUAUUACUUACAAGCUGAGCAUUCUGUAGCAGCUCUAAUCCAGAUCAGGCACGAAUGGGAUCAAUACUUGGUGCCAGCUGAUCACCCUGAAGGAAGCUGUAUCCCUCCAGGAUGGGUUCUUCCAAGUCUCCCCACAAAUGACACUUGGGCCAGUGCUGUCAGAUGAUUAGUAAGAAAUUAUUUUGAUGUUGGAGGAAUGUUUUGUUAAAAUUAUAUGUGUAAACAUGAGAAGCCUGAAGUGGAAGUGUCACCCAUCCUCUGUUUCAGUAUUCAGGUACUGGAAUGUCUUGAAGAAAAGUGUAAGAACUGGUUUUGCUGUCUGAGCCUGCAGGGAAAUGCCUGAGCAAGCCCACAGCUGCCAGGCCUCUCGUGGUAUGGAGUUACUGUCCCGCUGCGAGUUUUGUUAACAAAGCUCAGUCUCAAUAAAGAAACAUUUCUGACAAGGGUGUUUGUGCCAGGAUUAACAUCCUAUUUUUAGGGGCUUUUAUCUUUACAAGCCUAAAUCCCAAUGAUGAAAUCUCCAGAAAUACAGAAGUUUAAAAGAGAGAGAUCAUUAGUAAACAUGUUUUUCUUCUUAAACGAAGCAUGUCAAGCAUCGCUGUCAAAAUAUUUCCUGUCUUUCUGUGUGUGGCAACAGACCUAUGGCAAGUUUAAACAAAUUCUGAAGCACAAACAAGAUGGGGUUUUCAAGGUCAAUUAAAGCAGCUGUUGACAUUUUACUCUGGUGGACUAAAAGUGGUACCACAAGAUGGAAAAAAUUCCCUGUUGUGGUGAAAUCAGUCAGCCAUGUGAAUAGAUACAAAAUUUCAUCAGUGAAGCCUGCUGGAAAAAAAAAUCCACAAUAAAAGCUGAAGUCUUAAUUUGCCUCUGUAGCUGGUUUUGCAUAGACACAGGUUGUAUAUAUAAUUUUGGAUUUUCUA